UUUGUUUGCAUCAACUUGUGGCACCACCGCCACAUUAACAAGGCAAACAAGUAUUGAUCUUGAUAAACCAUAAAUACGAUGAUUACUUAAAACCUGAUAUGCCAGCAACAGUUCUUAAAUUCCCAAUGUGGAGAGCAUGAUUAAAGUUCUCUCAUUUCUCAUGUGAUAAUUUACAGCUGUUAGUUCCGUGAGAACAAUGUUUCUUACAAAUGUCAGAGUGUUGGAUGGAUAUUUUAGUUCCAGUAACCGAUUCUUACAAAAAAAAAAAUUCUUUCUGCUGCAAGAUGGUUGAAGAUAGGGGAUGCAAGGAUGAUAAUUCCCUAAUGGGAGGGGAGUCCUGCAUUUGAAAUCAUAGCAUAAGAGAUUUGAUGUAGAUGACCAGUACUUUCUUGAGAUGCAAAUUCCUUGGACACCUAGCGCCUUAUUAUGUACUCCCUCCGUUCGGAAUUAUUUGUCGCAGAAAUAGAUGUAUCUAGACUUAUUUUAGUUCUAGAUACAUCCAUUUUCGAGACAAUUAAUUCCGAACGGAGGGAGUAUCAGUUUUAGGACCAUAUCCUGACCUCGGCAUUAAUCCUUUGUAAAAAAAUCGGGUUUACAGGAGCUGUUGCAGGUUUUCUAUGCGCUAGUGGGCGGAUUUCUGCUAGUACUGAAUUCGAUACGCGGACUUGUAGUAUCGUUGGUUACAACCAGUACCGUAUUCAUGUGUACCACUACACUCAAUACGUGCUCUAACUAUGUUCGACUAUGGUACAACUACGCUAGAAUUUCUUUUGGCGUGGCAUCAAUCAUCAAUCAUCAAUGGCUCUCUCGGCAACCCUUCCAUGCAAACCUCCUCUUGCGUCGUCAGACGUACAGAUCCAUGCAGGCCGUGUGCUGGACACAGAGAUGAGCAGCUGACGUGGUCAAUCAUGGUGGUGUUGACGUGAUCAACUGAUCAUUAUUUAUGAUCGCUCGCUAGUGGACCGAGUUGGCUUUGUUAGGCGUCAUCUAGGAUUCUAGAUCUUAGUUAGUUUACGUCUGGGCAUAUGCACUGAAGCAUUGGACGCCUAAAAAGUCAAAUGCAUAUGCAUGUUACGCUCCACUAACCGCUCUUGCAUGUGCAAUGGAGCAAUCAACGGCGGCAAGUCGUCCAUGGCUGCUGCUCCUCUGCCUCGCCGUCGCCGCCACCGGCGGCGUACUCCAAGCUCGCGCCCAGCUUGACAGCAAAGGUUUCAUAAGCGUAGACUGCGGACUACCGGGGAAGGCAAGCUACGUGGACGGCGGCACCAAGCUAUCCUACGUCUCCGAUGCCGGGUUCAUCGAUGAUACUGCCGGCGCCAACCAAAACAUCUCUGGCCAGUACAUUCGACCGCAGCUCUCACGGCGCUACCACGACGUGCGCAGCUUCCCUGAUGGCACGCGCAACUGCUACACACUCCGGUCCCUCGUGUCUGGUCGCAAGUACCUCGUCCGAGCGGCAUUCUUAUAUGGCGACUACGACGGCCUCGGCAGGCUGCCAGUCUUCGACCUCCACCUCGGCGUCAACUACUGGCAGACCGUCAACGUCUCGACGCCGGGCUUCGAGGUGACGGCGGAGGCCAUCGUCGUGGUGCCAGAUGACUUCGUGCAGGUCUGCCUGGUGAACACUGGCGCCGGCACGCCGUUCAUCUCCGCGCUGGAGCUGAGGCCGCUGAAGAUGAAGUUCUACCCGCAGGUGAACUUGAUGCAGGGCCUCGUCCUUGACGUCAGGCUCAACCUCGGCCCGGCAGACCUGACCGACAUUGUUAGGUACCCUGAAGAUCCACACGACCGAGUAUGGAUCCCUUGGGCUGACCCGAAAGAGUGGAUGGAGAUAUCAACGACGAAGCAGGUGGACAGCGAGUACGACGACUUCGAGGUACCGACGGCCGUGAUGCAGACUGCGGUCACGCCGCUGAACGCCUCCAUGAAGCUAGAGAUCACCUGGGACCCCGUGCCUCAGCCUCACGACCUGUCACCGGGAUAUUUCAUCAUCAUGCACUUCUCUGAGCUCCAGCUCCUCCCGAGCAACGCCCUACGCGAGUUUGACAUCAACAUCAACGGCGUGAGGUUGUCCGAAGCCAUUAGGCUAGUCUACCUUGGGGUCGGUGUCAUCUUCAAUGAAAAGCCCUACCAGGACGGUAACUACAACAUCUCCAUCAAGGCCACCGCCAACUCGACAUUGCCGCCAAUCCUCAACGCCCUCGAGUUGUUCUUCAUCAUGUCCAUGACAAACUUUGGCACGGACUCCAGGGACGUAUCUGCUAUGACAACGAUCAAGACGAAGUAUCAUGUGGAGAAGAACUGGAUGGGUGACCCGUGUGCUCCCAAGACUAUGGCCUGGGAAAAGUUGAUGUGCAGCUACGACACUGGCAUCCCUCCAAGGAUCAGAAGCGUAAACCUGUCUUCCAGUGGUCUGAAUGGUGACAUAUCGCCGUCUUUCGCGAAUCUAAAGGCUCUCCAGCACUUGGAUCUGUCAAACAACAAUUUGACAGGCACAAUUCCAGAUACUCUUUCGCAAUUACCUUUGUUGAAGAUUUUAGAUUUGUCAGGAAAUCAGCUCAGUGGCUCAAUUCCCUCCGGAAUUCUCAAAAGAAUUCAAGAUGGCUCCCUAAAUCUAAGAUAUGACAACAACUCAAACCUUUGCACCAAUGCCAAUUCAUGUCGACCUGCUAAAAUGAAGAGCAAGUUGCCCAUAUACGUUGGUGCCCCUAUAGUUAUCAUCGUGGUGAUAGUAUCAGUGGCACUAACACUCUUUUGCUUGUUGAGACGAAAAACUCCAGGAUUAAUGAAAAACUCAGUAAAGCCACAAAAUGAAACGAGAAAUGAUGGGGACACAUCACUUGGACUUGAGACUCGCCGAUUCACAUACAAUGAAAUUGAGAGGAUAACGAACAACCUUCAACAAGUGUUGGGAAAGGGAGGAUUCGGUUAUGUCUAUGAUGGCUUCCUGGAGGAUGGCACUCAGGUGGCAGUAAAGAUACGGUCUGAGUCUUCCAACCAAGGUGACAAGGAAUUCCUAGCAGAGGUUCAAAUUUUAACCCGGAUUCAUCACAAGAACCUUGUCUCCUUGAUUGGUUUCUGCAAGGAUGGGGUACACAUGGCACUUGUCUACGAGUUCAUGUCAGAGGGAACUCUGCAAGAUCACAUUGUAGGAGGAGACCGAAAUGCAAGAUGCUUAACCUGGAGACAGAGACUUAAAAUUGCAGUUGAAUCUGCACAAGGACUAGAGUACCUACAUAAGGGGUGCAACCCACCUUUGAUUCACAGGGAUGUGAAGGCCACAAACAUCUUAUUGAACACGAGGUUGGAGGCCAAGAUCGCCGAUUUUGGAUUAUCCAAAGCUUUCAAUCGCGACAAUGAAAGCCAGGUGUCCACGAAUGUGAUCGUUGGCACACGCGGAUAUAUGGAUCCAGAGUACCAGACAACAGGGAGGCCGACAACCAAGAGUGAUGUGUAUAGCUUUGGUGUUGUGCUGUUGGUGCUUGUCACGGGGAAGCCACCCACCAUGCAUAACCCGCGAAGCAUCGGCAUCAUUGAGUGGGUGCAACAGCGGUUAUCGAAAGGCAACAUCGAAGGCGUGGUGGAUGUGCGCAUGCAUGGUGACCACGACAUCAAUAGUAUGUGGAAGGCCGCUGACAUCGCCCUCAAGUGCACUGCACAUGCGUCGGCGCGGCGCCCCAACAUGACCGAUGUUGUGCUGCAACUACAGGAGUGCCUGAAGCUAGAGGAGGACCACGCCGGCGGCAACUCCAACAACAACUUCUACACUGGCAUCAGCAGCAACGACCUAAGCAUGAGAAAUGACUCUUACCCUACUAACCAGUCCACGAAUGUGAGCCAAAGCAGCACUUCAUUUGAGAAGGAACAUAAUUUUGGGAGGGUGCCAACAAUGGACAACGGUCCUGCUGCCCGAUAAGCAAGACUUGUUGAUCAUGUACCGAUCGCCAACUGGUUAUCUAUGUUCGAGUUUCCGUGUGAAAUCUUUGUAAUCAUUUUUUGUGGGAUCUCCGUGUUUAUUGAUAUUAUUUGACCAAGUUUCCCACUAAUAAAUUGUAUGUUCAACCAGUAA